AUGCAGCCAGCAAAGUACAAACUGCAGCAAGCGGAGGAAUGUGCACCGCUUCCCCGGACGGAUCGCCAAGCGUUUGGUGCACCCACCUCUUGUGCCGCUGUGGUCAGCGAGCUUGCUGGGUGGGGAGCGCGUGUGCGAACGAUUGGAGCAUCGGACUUGAGGGGGGAUAGCCGCAUCGAGCAGCAACAAGCAACAAGGAAGCAAUUGCCAAGCAGUGUAACGCGGUCAGAGUGA